GGGUGCCAUCUUGAUGAGGUGUCAUCGUAAAGUGAAACUUGAAACAUUCAUCGAACAAGCACCUGCUGAAAAUCGCGUGUAUGUUGUUUGGCAACAAGAUCACGUGAUACAGCUACUUUUCCAAGAUGGCGACUUUCAUUGAGAGAAGAAAGUUAAACAACAGAUUGCCUUAAUUGACGCACUUCUGGUGACAAGCUACAUGGUAUAUCCGCAGCGUAAGGCCCUGCCUGAUAGGCCCUGGUAGAUCACACUCCGAUACUUCUCCGAGAGAUCACACUCCGAUACUUCUCGAGAGAUCACACUCCGAGACUUCCCAGCAGUUACAAUGAACUACGUGGGUAGUAUCUCCAUCCUGGAUCGGGGCCAUGCCCCCGCCCAGGCAAUCAUCGACAAAAAUGCUCGGUCGCUGGCUCAACGAGUCGCUGACGAAACGAGGGAGGAACUGGAGAAGGUGAUGAACCGAGUAGACAAUAUUUAUGAAUCGUAUGAAACGAGUACCCAGGCUCUCAUGACUCAGUCUACAAUGGAGUAUGUUGAAGACAUAGCUGAACUAGAGGCCCUCAUCAAGGACCAGUUAAAGAAGAAAAAGUAUCAACAGCAAGUAACGAUUUUCAUUGUUGGGUACGAAAAUGUGUGUGGGCAGAAGCUACGACUACUUCAGCAGGUUAACGAGUUCUUUAUGGACAAUUCCAAGAGUUACGAGGAGGAAGACUGGUAUCCUAAAACGCCAGAUAUUGAUGUGGACGACUGUAGUAAUAAAAUUGAAGAGUCGCUUGCGACGGCAAAGGAGCUUACGGAGAAAAUAUCUACAAUCAACUCGGAUAUGGUCGAGUGGCUGACGACAUACGCCAUCAAUAAGGCUUCAACAAAAACUCUGAAUAUGGUUGAUAACAAGAGCAAGAAGAAGCUAGAAUCAGCGUUAACGAAGGCGAAAGACGACGUGAAGGCGAUCACAGACCAGCUGAAGUCAGCACUUUUAGCUAAUGAUGAGAAAGAUGAACUGAUACAGACCUACCUCAAACAGUUAGAAGGGAAGACUCUGGAGGCUCAGAAGUUCAAGGCUGCUGCCGAGGUCGCCAAGAAAAACGUACAAGGGCUGGAGGCCAAGGAACUCGUCUAUCAGGACGAGAUCGAAAAGCGAAAAAGUGCCAUGAAACAACUGCAAGAUGAUCUUAGGAAACUGCAGAUGGAUGUCAGCCAGUCCAACUUCCUGUCGGAAUUAAACUCAAACCGACUGCGAAAUAAAGAUAGCGAAUCAGCGGAAUGUGAAACAUUACAAGAGAUUAAACUUGAAGAACUACAGAGUGUCGUUGAAAAACACAAACUAGAACUCCACGAAUCCAGGCGAGAGUUACUGGCCCUUCACCAGGACCAGAUCACGGCGCUCCAUGAAACCCACAAGGCAGACUUAGAGACUGUGAGACUGGAGUAUGCUGAAACGAUCAAGAAAUUACAGGACAAUUUGCAUGAGACUAAAUUAAAGGUCAACGAAGCAGAACAGAUGGUAGAUGGUGCUACGGACGCGGCUGAACAAGCCCGUCAGGAAUUAUUAGCGUUUCAACUCAGUGGUUCCACUGGAGAUUCACGCCCAACAACAGAAAUCGAGUCACAACCCCCGGACGCUGAGGAUGGUGGAAUCUCACGGGACAGUUCACGACAGGAAAGUCGUCCGAGUACAAAAGACACAAGAUCAAGUAAGGGAGCACCUGCCAAGGUCACUGUUACUCGGACCACACCUGCUGCCAAAACUGUGACCAAGCCCUCUAAACAAGAGUCCAAGUCACCUGUGAAACCAGUGAAAGAGACUGCAGACGCGUCUAUACAGGACGAGGGAGGAGAUCCCGGUUCUGCCCACGCCGAGACGCGCCAGAGUAAAAGGGCAAGGUCAACGCUUGAGACCGUCAAGGAAUCCGACCUCAACGGCGAGUUUGAUGACGCUUUUGAUCUCACCGAUGAGAGUUCAUGGGCUAUGGUUCCCGUGGAGACUGUACCAGGUCGCUUUUUACAAUACCGUAAAAUGACCAUCAGGAAACUGUCAGAGGUCGAGGAACAGCUGGGACUGACGGUGGCUAAAACCCAGAGAAAGGUCACGACCUUGAAGUCUCAGUUCCAGGAACACAAGAGCAAGUGGGAAACAGAGAGAAAGGUACUGAUAGAACAAGUGGAGCAAGCUCAGAAACUGCAAACAGAGGCUGAGAAGGAGGCAGACGUCGCAAUGACACAGCUGGAGGAGUUCAUCAAUGAGCAAGAACGAUUGGAAGAGGAGGAGGAAGUGAAGCGACAGGAAGUGGUCAAGGGUGUGUCCAAACCGGUCAUGGUCAGUAUUCCCACACAGCAUGACGAAGACGAGACGAUGGAGUCAGAGGUCAUGACCUCUGGCUCACCGCAGACCUUGACCCCUGUACAGCCCGAAGCAGAGACAGGGGCGCCACCUCCGACCUUUAUACAGAGUGAGGAGUCAGAACAUGAACUCACCAAUCUCAUGCAGCAGACAGAUGAUGCCAAGGUACAAGAGAUAAAAGCUAGAAAAUCGUCUGGAGCUCUCUCAGCGCCACCUGCUGUGGAACCUGAGUCAGAACCCAGAGACAAGAUGGUACGGCUUUUGCCCCCGAAAGCUAAGACCCAAACUCAGAUCGUGCCUAAAAGUAAAACCGAGGAUGAGAUUCGGGCAACCUCUGCCCUCAGUCGUGCUUCGCUGAGGAAAGAGUAUCGUAACAAACUGGGGGAAGUACGGGCAGCCGUGGAGGACCGCAGAACCAAGUCACCCGCGAUCUCUAUUCCCUCACAGAGGUCACUGGAGGACGACCAGCUCAUAGAUGAGGAUGACGACGACGAUAUACCCUACAAUGAUAUUGAAGAAUUGAAGAAAGAACAAACAAUGGAAAUGGGGACUUCCCCACCUCCAGGUCAGAAAGGUCAAAGUUCAUCAAGGUUGUCACAAAUUUCUGGGGACCAUCCAAUCGUCACUGAGUACCUGCGCCUGUACGAGGGAGUGGUCGAGUUUAGAGGCAUCCUCAGCAAACUCAUGGUGGAUAGAGAUAUGCUGCAGCCGAGUGAAAUCCUGGAGGAUAUUGACAUGAUGAAGUUUAAUGGUACUGGCAAGGUGGAGCCCCAGCUAGAGCACAUGACACACAAUGUUUUUCAUGUGUUUGAGGAGAUUAUCACGGUGUUAUCUUCCUUACUUCUGGCUGACAGGGAGCCAAUGGUAUCGUCCCUUACUGGAGGGGGUAUGAUGAUGUCCCGAGAUACCACACAGGCCAUGGUUGGUCCCAAGUCAGCAGAGUCAGGUCGUGGUCCCACAGUAACACGCGCCAGUCAUCACUCUCAGUUUUCCGCAAAAAGUGAUGUGUCGGAACGUAUCGCCCUCCGGGAGCUUCAGGAACAGUAUGAUCGACUACAACAUCAGCUGACUGGUGAAACACGGAAACAUGAUGAACAACUAAGGCACAAUACCGUCGUCAUGAUGGAGAUGCAGGACACCAUUAACGAUUUGCAGCGAGAGUUGUCCAACCUCGGCCGAUCAUCCAGCCGGCUCCGGCCUCAGUCCGACACCACCUCCCCACAUGGGACGACAGAUUCAGCGGUAAUGUUUACGCGGCUAGACUCGGAGAGGAACUGCAAAAUAAUGAAACGAGCUGUGAAUGAUCAGAAAAUGGAAGCAGAUAAAUACAAGGAUGCACUGGUAAAGAUGGAGGAUUACGUGGGUCUACCAGCACAGAGGUUCGCGCAUCUUGUUCGUAAAUAUGUCCACCACAGUCGCAUGAAGGAAAUUGAAGAAAAUGUCAAGAAGAGCAAAAGCCUGAAUGAGAAUGUGUUUGAGAUUCUUGACAAGAUGGAGGCGCUACAGAAUGAGCGAGCUAAGACAUGGGCAGACAAAAUGGACCAAAUGGGGUCAGAAAGACUACGCCUGGCAAAUCUUUUGAUGGAGACAUUGGACUCGAUAGAGCAGGAGUCUGGCAUAUUCCUCAUCAAACCCAUGUACUCCUACCGUGGCAGAGAUAUUAAAGAUGCUCGGUAUGGAGGUAAACUCACACGGCCUAUGAGGUCUCAACGAAACUUAUCACCUCACAGAGAAAAUCUAUCUUCCUUCGCACCUGCGCCGACACCGGCUUCUAACAUGCGCCUGAUUAGAGGGCAGCCUGUUCCUACGACGCAGUCAAUGACACAUGAAAUAAUGCCUAAACAUGAAGCACCUCGCCCCCUGGAGGGAGAUGAAGGGGGGAUCACUGGUGCAUCGCUGAACUGGGUUGGGACGUCCCAGAAGCAGACCUGGAGUAUGAACUCUUCUGUAGUGAGAGGAGAUCCAGAAAAUUUCCUGAGUUCACAAAAUCCAAAUGCAAUGAAUACUCCCCGUAUAUUAGAGCUUGAUAUUAACAGGAUGCUGAUUGGCCAAAAUACUAUCAGUUCUAAGAUCACACAGCCAGGUUUGACAGAAGAUCGGCUGGUAAAUGCCUCACAAAACAAUCUACGAUCCUAUAUCACCGUAAACAGGCCAACAGCCUUACCGGGAAAUGCCCGCCCACGCUCCUUCGCAAGCUCCGCAACUAAGGAGUUUGUCCCUCCUUCAUCGCCUGUCAGUCAGAAUACAAAGCGUGUGCGGAUGUCAGACGGAGACAUGUCGCGGACAGACAUGUCACGUAACAUGACUAAUACACCCCCUCUACCACCGAUUGGCAGUGCCAGCUCCCGCGAAAUUCAUGGAGAACCCCCUCGUAGUCCCCCAGGCUCUUCCAUGCGACAGUCACCUCCGCACGUACAGGAAGUGAUUUCACCUCUGAAGUAAUGGAUUUUACUUGCUCUUCCAAUAGGGAUACUUACUCCCUCAGUUAAAGUUCACGAUUGCUGUUCUUUAUGGAUGUCUACCACCCUCUGACAAUCCCAGAAACAUUGUACUCUUAAUUUUGUUCUCUGGAUUAUAUAAAUUUUCUAAUUGUUUGUAUGUACUUGGUACUAGGACAGUGUUAGCCAGGUAUGUCCCAUUUAUGGAGGACAGAUUACUUUCCCGGCAGUAGAAGUUGCUUCCCUUUAGAAAAGGUAUUGUCUAGUAAAGUGUAUAAAAUUAUGCACAAGUGAAAUAGAUUUUUUGAGAAAUCUAUACCUGUGAAAUACAUUUUUUUUUAAUUAUCUUAAGGUUAAUUGAAGGCUUUUUAAAUGCAUAAUUCAAUUCUUUUCUUGUUCUACGAAUGACAUUAUAAUACAAUUUCUGUUAGUAAGGGAGGUAACUCAUGCAGUUAGAAAAUAACUCCUGAAAAAGGGAAAAUACAAACAACAGUGUAUGUCACAGUGUUUAACUACCUUAUCAUUGGUUUCUGACUCGACUAGAGGGAAUUUACCUUUCGGUCAAUUCCUAGAGCACUGCACUGGUGUGUUUCUAGGUUUGACUAGUAGCUGGGGAGUCUCUUUGAGAAAGUGACCCUGUUACUCUAAAUAUGAUUGUACGCUGUUCCAUAGGUGUCAACCUCUGAAACCUCCAAUGAGUGAGAUAUUCCUGACAUUCCACAUUUCCAAUGAGGGAGAAAGU